AUGUACUUUUACCAUAUAAAAUUUGAACUUUACGUUCCGGCAAAGGAUACCUCUAAAAACUCCACCGAUUAUUCUGUCGAUAUAAACGAUAUUCAAAGAAAAGCUUUCGAAACAAAGAAUCCUGAUCUGUUUUAUGUUCCAAAAGAUAUUUUCGGGACUUUACCUGCGCAUCCUAAAAGUAGAAAAGAUAGUCAUACGUUUUUAUCACGCAGUAAUUCAAGGGUUAAAGGACGUAGUAAGGUUCGAUCGAAAUCUCUGGAUCUAUCAAAAAACACAGUUCACUCUACCGCUCAAGUACCUUCGGUUCCACCAACUCCUGUUUCAAAAGAUAACAAUUCUUCAACUGCGAAGAAUUCACCUUUGAGUUGGGAGACGGUCAGUAAACGAAAAUCCGUUGCUUCAACUUCCACCGCGAUAUCACCAUCCACCUCUACUCAAAGCAAAACUCACGAUUUCCGAUUUGGAAAAAUUGAAGUUGAAUGGUUCGAGGCUUGUGAAGAAAACAUGAGCGACGACAAAAAAAAACAAAGUAUUGGAUCUUAUGCAAACGCAGUUACAGGAGGUCGAAAUGAAAUUCCCAAUAGCGACAGGAUUCUGUCAACGCAGACAUCGAAUGAUCCAUCAUUUUCGCAAACGAACACGAGACCCAACAAGCAAAAAACAAAGUCCAGUAGGGAUAACUCGACAAAUUCACCCGCAGGAGAGUUUGUUCCACUAAAGUCGGGUACAACAAAUCUUAGUUGUGGCAUUUUACAUCUAUACCGUGAUCCGAAAGAAAUACAGUCACCAAAGAACAAUCAAGCAAACGAUCCUUCAUUAAGCGUGGGGGAAAAGGAGAAACAGGAAGAGUCUCUCAGCGUUUUAGGCAACGACGAUACCAUUCUAGCGGUAUUAGCUGUACCUUCAUAUUUAAGCGCGUCAGAUUUUCUGGGAUUUGUCGCACCUGUUCAAAGAUUUGUAAGUCACUUUAGGUUUAUCAGGUAUUAUGAUGAAUUUAGAGAUUUACAUCAACGAUAUAGACCAAAUGAUUCAUUUGCUAAUUCAAAUAUGUUUAUCAACGCGGAUUCACGGGCAGCCAAUGAUUUUUAUAAACAAUAUAAUGGUCGUCCAUUUAGUUCUUUGGAGCCUGAAAUAUGUCAUCUCGUUUACAUAAAGUCUAUCGAAUUUAAAUCCACCUCAAUUCCACCCUACGCAUUUCCUUUUUUGUAUGAUCCUUUUUUACCCUCUACGCAAGAGACACCCAAGAUGUCGGCAGGGAAUGAUCAAAUCCAACAGUCACCAAUAUUGCAUGAACUUCCAACUUGCCCAGUGUGUCUUGAAAGAAUGGAUGCCUCUGUCACGGGGCUGUUGACAAUUUUGUGUCAGCAUACAUUUCACUGUAAUUGCCUAAGUAAAUGGGGAGAUAGUAGUCAAAAACACUCUGCUGAUGAUCCAUCAAUAGAACAAAACGAAUGUGGAGUAUGCGGUGCCACUGAGAAUUUAUGGAUAUGUCUCGUGUGCGGUAAUAUUGGCUGCGGAAGGUAUCAAGAGGCUCAUGCGUAUUGCCACUACAAAGAAACAUAUCAUUUAUAUGCUUUGGAAUUGGAAACUCAAAGAGUUUGGGACUAUGCCGGUGAUGGAUAUGUCCAUCGCCUCAUCCAAAAUAAAUCGGACGGUAAGCUUGUGGAAUUGCCGAGUCCAGAUGCUCAUCCCCAGAUGCAACAAGCACACACGGACCAAGUUGAUCAGGAGAAGCUUGACGCUAUUGGAUUGGAAUACAGUUAUCUUCUGUCUACGCAGCUUUCUUCUCAACGGACAUAUUAUGAAGAGAAGCUUGACUCGGUAACGCUUCAACUAUCAAAUCUGACCAAUCAAUUACGAAAGCUGGAGGAUGAAGUGUCAACAUUGAGUCAGGAUAGGGACAGGUACAAAAGGGAAAAAGAAUUGUUUGAGAAAGAAAGAGUACCCAAUUUAUUAAAGGAGAAGAAAAAUUUUGAGAAGAAAGCCGAAAAGUUUGUUGAAAAAUCAGAAAACUUGGAAAAAGAGUUGAGCGAAGAAAAAGAGCAAGAAUACUUGCAAACUCAGUUGGAAGAUAGAGAUGGUAAAAUAAAAGAACUUGAAGAGCAAGUGCGAGAUUUAAUGUUUUUCUUUUCUGCGCAAGAAAAGAUGAUAGAAAAUCCAGAGCUGGCCGGCGGUAAUGUUGUGGUAGCACCGGAAAAUAGUGGGGCGCAUACGAGGAAGAAAAAGUACAAAAAGUGA